AUGGUACGCUUGUGAAUAUAUUGGCAUUGUAAAGAAAGUUCUUGCCAUUUUUUGUUUUGUAAAGAAAUUUUUUGCUAUUUUUAACCUGCUACUUUUUCAAAAUUCAAUAAAAGUUUUUAGAAUCGACCUCGCGGCGGAAACCCCGCCCACUUCAACAACCCCAGAGGCAGUGGCCGCAACCGAGGCGGUCCGGGCUAUCGCGGCCAUAGACCACAUCCAUAUCAACAGCCUUCAAAUCGACCACCGGCCCACCAGUCCAAGCCCAAACCCCUACCCACAACCUCACAGCCACGCCUCACAAACGCACCGACUGGUCGAUUGCCGCCGGCGCCACCGAAUGCGGCCCGAACCAACGCUUUGGAGAUAUUAAUCAUCAAGAAGCAGCAGUUCAGAGCGACUUUGAAGACUUGCCUCGAGGCGGCUAAGCUAAUGUCAAAACAGAAGAGUGAUCUCAAUUAUCAAAAGAACUACAUGGCUUUACAGAGUAAACUGGAUGAAUUGAUUUUCGCACAAAACAACAAACCUUUGGGCAUUCAACAGGAGCUAGAACUGAUAAAACUUGUCACUGAGUUUUAUAAGGUAAGAGAUUAAGCUUAUUGGUUAGUGUUUGGCUUGUCAUUUUUAAGUUCUUGCGUUUUUUCAGUGUGUAAAGAAAGUUCUUGCAAUUUUCUGUUUUGUAAAGAGAGUUCUUGCCAUUUUUUGUUUUGUAAGCAAAGUUCUUGCCAUUUUUUGUUUUGUAAAGAAAGUUCUUGCAAUUUUCUGUUUUGUAAAGAGAGUUCUUGCCAUUUUUUGUCAUGUAAGCAAAAUUCUUGCUAUUUUUUGUUUUGUAAAGAAAAUUCUUACCAUUUUCCAUUUUGUAAAGAAAGUUUUUGUCAUUUUUCAAUAUUUAAUUUAAGUUUUUGCUAUUUUUAAAUUUUUUUUUGUUUUGCGCAGCCUGCGGGUGACAAGUUAUACGGUUUAAACGAUUUUUUUAGUUUUAGAUUUUGUAAAAAUAGGCUUGUACUAGUCUUGCCCUACUCUCAUUGUACCCCGUCUUAUCCCUUUUCUCUCAACUUUGCCCUAGGCUCUAUUUUAUUCUGCCCUACCCUACCGACCUUACUUUACCUUAGCUUUAGUUUAUCCUUUCUUUACUUAUCUUAUUUUAGUUUACAGUACAAAUUUAAAAAAAAUUUAAACUAAAUUUUGACUAAAUUGUGAAUUUUCAGGAAGAAACUCCAGCCACAUUACGCUACGACUGUUUCUACACCAUCUUCCUCGCCAGAGAAGCCAACCCACGCCUUCACGAACGACGAAUCAAAACCCUGAUCCGUCUCGCCUCAAUCUCACUUCAACUUGGAAUCUACUCAAUCUUUGAUGAUCUAGCCACCUUCUGGCUCAAAUCAAGUAACGACCAGUCGAUUCAACUCCUUAUUGACCGGUUGAUCGACGACUUUCUUAAACCUCCGCCGGUAUACGGUAUCUUUACCGUAUUGCAACCGUUAAGAGAAAGGGCUUUGGAGUUCUCAUGCUUUUUCAUGACAUACGGUAUCAAUGAUAACGUGUAUGGACCACAAAUCAUCAACAUCAUUGGACUGUGGCUGACUGAAGAUCUGGUGGAUGUACUCGAGUUCUUUAAUGAACAUCAGGAACUGGCCAAGCGGUUUGGGGAGCAGGUAGGGGGUUUUAAUUUUAACUUGAUUUUUGCUAAUUUUAGGUAAUAAAAAUGAAUUUUUUCUAAUUUUUUGAAUUGACAAUGAAAAAUGGCAAACACUUUCUUUACAAAACAAAAAACGGCAAGAACUUUCUUUACAAGACGCAAAAUAGUAAGAACUUUCUUUACAAGACGACAAAUGGCAGGAACUUUCUUUACAUGACGAAAAACGGCAAGAAAUUUCCUUACAAAUCGUAAAAUGGCAAGAAAAAUGGCUAAAACUUUCUUUACAAAGUUUUUUAUUACCUAUUUACAUUUUGAUCAUCUUUCUUUUAGGCUCUACCACUCCUCAUCCGCUGGGACGUGGAGCACGAUAAAGCGAACGAAGAAAUCGACCGUUUUCACUGCGCAAUUACCGGUAUAAUCGUCCAAUGGGACCACAAACCACCAACAAUAACACUGAAUUCACUUCUUGACCUAAUAAAAACGGCUGAUCAACUAAAUGAACAUCAGAAGUCGAGAUUCAUGGACAAUGUGAGUAAUGCCAUCAAUACUGGCAUGUUCCCGACUCAAAAGUUCUUGGACACCUUUACCAAUUGUGACAGCCCAAGGAUAUUGAGGGAGAAGACGUUCAGUCGAAUAUUCGAAAAGGCUUUUGAAGAGAAAUAUGGAUGA